CGGAAGUGCAUGCCCUGCGCUUUGCUGGCAUGGAGAGCCCGGAGGUUACUUUUACACUUGCCUAUGUGGUGUUUUCCGUGUGUUUCGUAUUCACCCCCAAUGAGUUCCACUCGGCAGGGAUCACUGUGCAGAACCUGCUGUCCGGCUGGCUGGGCAGUGAGGAUGUGGCCUUCGUUCACUAUCACAUUAGGAGAAGCACUGCCACCCUAUUGACUCACUCCCUUCUGCCCAUGGGAUAUUUCAUAGGGAUGUGCUUUGCAGCUCCAGAAAAAGAGCUGUACAAUGUCUAUAAAGCAGCAGAUGGCUGGAAGGUGUUUGUGUUGAUCACCGUACUCCUGCCGGUAACCACCAGCAUUCUUGCCUUCUACUGGUCACAGAAGAGGUGGGGUAACCACCCCCUAGCCAAGACGUUGGCUCACCACGCUCUUCCUCAGUCAAGCUGGAGGGCCGUCGCCUCUUCAAUCAACACAGAGUUCAGGAGGAUCGACAAGUUUGCGACGGGGGCCCCCAGUGCCCGGGUGAUUGUAACGGACACGUGGGUAAUGAAAGUGACCACGUACAGAGUGGACGUAGCUCAGCAGCAGGACAUUCACUUAACAGUGACUGACUCAAGGCAACACGAACUGUCUCCGGACUCCAACACUCCUGUGCAGUUCAUUACAAUACGGGUAGCCAGCGUCAACCCUAGGGUUAAGCCUUUUGAUAUCAGGCUGAAUUCCACAGAAUACGGGGAACUGCGAGAGAAACUUCACGCUCCUAUACGCAACGCCGCUAAUGUUGUUAUCCACCAGACGCUCAGCGACAUGUUCCUUGAAACGUUCAAAUCUCUGGUGGAAGCCAAUCAAGUGUAUGAGCUUUCCAGCAAUCAGGAACUGGAGCCCUGUAUAGGCUGCAUGCAGACCAAUGCCAACAUCAAGCUUGUGAAGUACUGUCAGGAAGCCAAUGAAGGAGAGUGCCAGCAGUGUUACUGUCGACCCAUGUGGUGCCUAACAUGUAUGGGAAAAUGGUUUGCCAGCCGCCAGGAUCAGCAGCACCCAGAGACCUGGCUGUCUAGCCACGUGCCUUGCCCCACUUGCCGUGCAAAAUUCUGCAUAGUAGACGUGUGCAUAGUGCGGUGAAUGAGGCCUCUGGUUUGUUCAGUGUUUAACAGGACUUGACAUUUAACCAGAGUGUUGUCUGUUCCUGAAAAAGAACAUGAGGUGGCAGCUAUUGGUUUGGUACCUUUUUUUUCUUUGUUUUCCUUAAAUAGGUUUUUCUGCAUAGAAUCUUGAUUGAGUUGAUUUCAGCACAAGUAUUGCUUGCAGUGAUGGUGAAUAUGAGAGGGUGUAAAUAUGUGCCAAUGUUUGGUGCUUGUAGUGUUUACCGGAUCAUUAAUCAUAUCAGAGUGUGAUUUAAAUGGCUCAACGUAGUCCAAGAAGUAAACACAGCCUCCUGGUACCCAGGUGCCUUCUCCCUUUCCCAGUCAAAGGGCAACUAGAGAGUGAGUUGGAAAAUGUCUAAGCACAAGAAGGAAUUCAGGUUUAUCUUACUGCACAAUCUAUUUGCCACAUGGCAUCAUUUCACUUUAGCUAUGUGUUGGUAUUUACCCCUGGGGCUGUAGAGUUUUAACGUGGACAUCAUAUUCGGAACAACCUUCAAGUUGUUCAGCUUCCCAUCAUGCACUUUCUGCCCUGCGUUAUACAGGGUGCUAUAGUAUGGCAAGGGAAACACUGCACCAGUAGGAUUUUAAAUGUUCCCCCGGAAAUAUCCGUCUUCUCUUAUGGUGCAAGCAUAAAAGGGCUACAAAUCGUGUUCUUUGGGAGGUGUGUUUUAUUUUGGAAUACAUAAUGCUGAUGACGUCACAGCUUAGAAUGUACAGAAUAAUGACUCCAAAAUAAAAUUUAUAGAGACUGAGGUCUUUUCAAAAUCUUGUGACUUGUAUAACUGCAUAAAGGCAACUCGGUGACAGAUUUACAAGCUAUUAUUUUGUAUUACUAAUAUCUGCUCUGUCUGUUAGUCCAAAAUUGCCAUUCAUUUCUACAUGUAAGUUGUCCAAGAGAAUUGUUUGCUGAACAACCUCAGAUCUGGGCAAUUACUGCACUCAGUAUGAGGCAGGCUGCGCACCAGGGUGAAGACACAUGGAGCUACUAAUAGCAGCUACUUGAAUAGACCAUGCUGAUCAUUUACUGAUAAUUGUUUCAACAUGUGGUUUAGCAGAGGCAAUUCUCAGUAUUGUCUAUGGCAGGGUAUUUUUUGGCGUUUAGUAGCAGUGAAAAAGUAGCUGCUACUAGUAGCUCUUCACCCUAGUGUGUCUUCACCCUAAGCAAGGUACUCUGCCCAGUUUUAGGGUGAAGACACACUGGGCUACUAGUAGCAGCUUCUUUUUCACGGCCACUAAACUCCAGAAAAUACCCUGCCAUAGACAAUACUGAGAAUUGCCUGCCUGAUACAGCUUACAGAAACACAAGAAGACUUUUGGUCAACCUGAGAUAUUGUAUUUACAGCUACUGUUGCAUUAUACAACAUGGGUUGCUGCCUAGAGAAAACCCGAGGGCUCAUUUAUACACGCUUCUCCUGUUUUCUGUGAAUCCAAUUUCUAUGCAGUUUCGCUGGAGGUAGUUCAAGUUUACACAAACACAUGCUUUUCUGGCUUGGCUAAUGGGAUGCAGCCUCACAGAGCUGAAUAAGGAGGCCUGUUAUUGCUGGAUCGGGUAAUGACCCCACUGUAAUGCCUAGGUACUAACGAACGGGUCAGGAAUCAUUUAAUAUGAAGCAAAACAUUCAUGUGAACGAGUCCUUAUCAUUGAAAAGGCCUUUUUGUAGAAAAGUGUUGAAAACAGUCUAACAGUUUUUAAUCUGUUCAUACUGUGGGUUUUUUUGUCCUGUUUUUAGCAGUUUGGUUAAUUUAAAAGUAAUAUACAACUCUUACAGAUCAUGAACAUGAAGGGUUUGCUCACUUAAUUCUUUUUAAAAAAUACAAUUUUGUUUAUAUUUGCCACACAUUGGUAUUUUCUAGUCAGGUGUUAUAUAAUGGUUAUAUAAUGUUAUAGAAUGGUCAAUUCUAAUCAACUUUGUAACCAUUUUUUUUUUUUUAUCAUUUGUUAUUAUUUUUUAAUUAUUUGCCUUUAUCUGCUAACUUGUUGCAGGAUUCAAAUGGGGGUCACUGACCCCAGCAGCCAAAAAAAACUAUUGUUCUAUGAGGCUACAGUUUUCUUGUUAUUGUUAAUUUUUAUAACUUAUUUUUCCUAUUCAGGUCCUCUCCUAUUCAUAUAGGAGAUAUUCCAACCACUCCCUGGUUGCAAAGUUGAUUUGGACCCUAGCAACCAGAAAAAUGUUGAAACGCCAAAUUGGAGAGCUGCUGAACAAAAAUGUAAAUAAUUAAAAAAAAACUACAAAUAAUAAAAAUGAAGACCAAUUGCAAA